AUGUCGUCAGCCCGUGUCAAGAGAGGUGGAGGCGCCUACAGUGCGAUCUUGUGGAAGUUGCCCGAAUGGAGGGUGUUGAAAGCUAGAUCAGGGUAUGCCGAAGGCUUGACGGUGAAUGAGGCAGAAUACCAUGGGUUGUUACUAUGUCUGGAUCUGUUGGAGGAUCUGGCUCCACAGCGUCUGGUGAUCUGCGGAGACUCAAACCAGGUGAUCCGACAAGUACGAGGAGAGAUCGAUUGUAAGGCGUCAGGUCUGACACUGUUACAUCACGAACUAUUGCACGUCAAACAGGACUGGAAUGGGAGUGCUGACAGCCUAGCAAGUGCUGCUCUACAACGGCAGUGCGGGAUCGCGAUAGAGUCUGAUGCAGAGAUCCAGGAUCUCAUAACUUUAAAUAGGUUGGAUGAGAUCCUGAUAGUGAAAGUCGAAGAAGAAACUCUACGGGUAUCAACCGUGACGUCCCGAUCCAAGGUUAGAUCGGGGGUGCGUGUGGGAUCUGAUCCAGAAUCCGUACGAGAGGAAGUCGUGAGAGAGCUACGGAUCGAGCGGAUCCGGCAAUCGCAGGACGAAGAGUCGUGGAUCAUGGGCUUGAAGAAGUAUCUAAUCGGUGAGAUCCGGGAUCUGACACAAGAAGAGGCUAAGCUGAUCGGAUCUAUUGCCAUGAAUUACGAAAUGGAUCAGCGGGAUCUACUCUUCUAUUGCCCGACAUCUAAGGAAGCGGCAGCAGAUCGAGAUAAGCUGAUGCGACUAGUGAUACCUGAGACGCUUCAACAAGACAUUCUGCACCACUAUCAUACGAGCCUACAGGGCGGUCACCAAGGGGUCGGUCGCACCUAUGAUCGGAUCCGUGAUCACUUCCAUUGGAGGGUGUACAACGAUACGUGGGGGAAUGUGUCGACUGUGAGCCAGGCAAGGGAAGACUUCGGAUCCAGGGCGAGUCGCCUGGUAACCUGCCAGAUCAUCGCCAUGGAUCAUAUACCGUCAUUAUCUAGAUCCUUCAACGGCAACACCGAAUUGUUGAUCUUCUUGGAUCUAUUCUCGGGAUAUGUGAUCGCCAAAGCCAGCGCCUCUAGAUCCGCUCAGACAAUCGCCGAGACCUACGAGGAGUGUGUCUUCCGCCGAUUUGGUGCGAGCGAGGUGAUCAGACAUGAUCGGGAGCCAAGCUUUAUGUCUGACUUGUCUGAUUUCUUUAAGUCGUUCAACAGGAUCCUGGAACAACGUCAACGGGCUACUAUGGCAUAUAGGCCCCAAGCCAAUGGAUCUGCGGAGCGUAUGGUCCAUACAACUACCAGAGCGCUCAAGAUGUACGUGGAGGAUCUGGAUCAGCGGGAUUGGGAUGAGUAUGCUGAACGGCUCACUUUCGUCAACAUUGCAAGAGAUCGGAUCCGAGGUGAAAUCCCUUUCUACAUGAUACAUGGUUGGGAUCCUAGAUCCACCUUGGAAGCGUUGAUCCCGGUGGGGAGCACUCGCAGGUAUGACCGAGAUCCCAGAAGAUGGCGAUAUCGGAUGCAAACGUAUUAUCAGCAAGCCCGAGAACAAGUGAACCAACGUUUACGCGAAGCGAUCGCGGAUCGUGGCGACGUGCAUAAUGAUCUAGUACGUCCUCAUCCUGUAGGGUCUGGAUCAAGGGUCUGGCUAUACCUAGAUCGAGUGCGCGAAGGUUACGCAAAAAAGCUGGCACACUUAUGGCACGGCCCAUUCCGCGUUGCCGAGAAAAUCGGACAGUACGCUGUGAGGUUGGAGAUAGCGGGAUCCGCAUACAGCAUUUUCCCGGUAGUAUAUGUAUCGAAGAUCAAACUGGUCAAGGUAUUCCCAGAUCGACCAGUAGCUCGGCUGAAUGGGUCAGAAGAAGAUCGGGUGGACUUCGAUGAAGCGCUCCUACCGGAGGAUAGCUGGAUCCAAAAAUUGGGAUCCGGAUGA